AUGCAAAACUAUGAAGAUGCAGUCGAGUAUCCAAGUCAUGAUGCCGUAUAUGACGCCGACGAUGCCCAAGUGGUUACCAAAAUGGCCAACCUUGAUCUCGAAGAGACUGAGACUAUUCCAUUAGGCCCCCAAGAUAUUGAUGCAGAGCUUCAGACAAUUGUCGAAACUACCACUAUGGACAUCACCGCCGAGGUACCCCAAAUUAUCAUUGAUCAGAGCCCUACCCCCGAGAUAGAGUCAGAGAAUCUUGAACAACUCAAAUCACAGGGGCCAUUUCAUAAAUGGAUGCGGACGAUACAUCGUAGAGCACAGCAUCGACACACACGGUCGGACGAAAGCUUUGGUUCUCUGCGGCCGCCAUUCGAUCCUGAUGUCCACAGCCAUACAGCUCAUUGGAGAAGAACACACCAUCGACAAUCGUCCUCUGGAUCUUCCUUUGCUUUUGUUUCGGCGGUCCGAAGUGCUAGUGCCAGUCUUGCCAGUGCCAGCGUCAGUGUUGUGGCACGAUCACGAAGAAACGUACCGCGCUCACAAGGCUUCUCUACAACGGAGCGCAGCAGCAGAGCAUCCAUCUCGGGUCCUCGUGCCUCUGAAGAUAGUGGGCUCCGGGAAAAUCAAUCCCUUGCCAACUUAGCUGCCAUGGAGAGAUCACUGCAGCGACGAAGAGUGCUAGAAGAGCUCAUCAGCACGGAAGAAGGGUACAUUGGCGACAUACGAUUCCUCAUGAAUGUAUACGUCACAAUCUUGGCUGCGUUACCCUCCAUAUGUGUCGGCCUGCGGUCAUCCAUCAACCAAAAUUUGACAGAGAUAGUCAAGUUACACGAGGAACUCCUUGGCGAAUUGCACCGAGCAGUUCCACACUCGGAAUACACACAAGCCGACGCGACUCCCCCAUUGACUCAUUUACCAAAUUUCGAUUAUCCUUAUUCUCACAGGCGAUGGUCUAGUCUCGGUGCCGUGCCAGAGCAAAAUACGAAAGCAAGGUGGCUAUUGAAAGCCCCGGGCAUGCUGUCAGACCCUCAGGUGGCUGCAGAGGUCUCAAAAGCCUUUGGGAAGAAGGAGACGUAUCAAAAAGGCCUUGAAGCCUUGGCGAUGGCGUUGGGUUCCGUCAAAGGCAGCGAAGAUGGGGCCAAAAAAGCUCUGACUAUAAAUGACCUGCUUGUCAAGCCCAUCCAGAGGAUCUGUAAAUACCCACUCAUCUUUUCCGAGCUACUCAAGUGCACGCCAAUAUCAGACUGUCCAAACUCUCACAUGGAAGUCGACAAUACCCUAACCAGGCUUCGCGAAGCAACCACAGAGAUUAAUAGGGCAUCGAAUGACGGGAACAUCAAGUCCACGCUCGAAAAAACGUGGAUUCUACAGGAUCGAUUAGUGUUCCCAGACAGAAAAUUCGAUGCCAUUUCUAAAAGACAAAUACGGUCCUUUGGCCACAUUCGGCUUUGCGGAACACUUCACGUAUGCUGGCAGACAGACGAAGGAGUCGAUGGUCAAUAUUUCAUUUGUCUACUCUAUCGCGAUAUGCUCUGUCUUGCCUCUGCGGGCAAAGUCGACCCGAUUUACACCAUCAUGGCUUGUAUCAAUAUUGACAGCAUCAGGAUCGAAAAAGUGGACAAUGGACGAGGGCUACAGUGCCACACCGCGCCUUUUUCUUGGAAGGUAGUGUUCGAAUGCGAUCAUCAAUUAUACGAAAUCAUCAUGACAGCCUGUACAUCCAAGGAGGAAAUGGAAUGGAGAGCAAGAUUAUCUCGGCCGCCGAGCGAUGACCAAGGGGCAAAGGGGCCGGAUGGGUUCAGCACAAUACACAUGAAUAUAAAGAGUUUGGGGUCUGUCUUUGGAAAGCAGGGCACACUCGUUCGGCGGAUAUCUAUACAGCGGGCCACCACUGUGGGAGGAGCCAAAUCGCCUCUAUGCCAAGUCAUAUUAAAGAAUACCAAUGUAUUGACAGAUCACGGCGGGAAUGUUUCUACGGCUUCGACCAUCAACCGCUCUCAGUCUCUGCUAACAACCACAACUCGAAUACCGGUGCUUGCGCCACCAAGAGGCGAGAGAGCUCGACUAGAGGCUCUUCUGUCAGAUGUAUGGAGCAGAGAAGUACUCCCGUUUCCCGGAAUGACGGUGAAGUCUCGAAGUGAAAAUCUGGUUCGAAAUUCGGCAUCUACGGUCAUGAGAAAACUCAGCGUGGCUAGCUUCGCCAGUACCUUUACAAAGAGGUCCGUCUCUUCUGCCCACAAGAAUCAAUCUUGUGAACAUAUUGCCAUGGAAACUAUCAAGCGCCGGGGUAUUCUACGUCCAAUGGAUUCGAUUACGAGUGACGAUGCGUAUAUAGGUGAAGAAGCAGGCAGAAAGGUGAAGAGACAGCGCACCGCCAAGGGGCACGUACUACUGGGGACGCCCGCUCGUAGCAUGAAGGAGGUUACGGGAAGCUUUCGACGACGCCGAGCACAGGAGAAUGCGCCCUCACGGUCAGAUCCCACCAGCGACACGUACAUCUUUCCCGCUCGCAUAGCAUCCACGAACGUUCCACGACCGACAAGGCCUACGAAUUCCCAGGCCGCGAUGCCUCACGAGAGCAUUGGUAGGACGAGAAAGCCAGCAACAGAAAAGGUCCGAUAUCUUGGUCGCUGGGCUAAGCUUGGUGUGGGGAAGAACGAUGGACCUGGCGGUUUCAGAAGGCUUCUUUCAAUUGGCAGAGAUUUGUAA